AUGACUGGUACAAAGCAGAUUGCCCACAAAUCCACCGGUGGUACAGCACCCAGGAAACAAUUGGCUACAAAUGCUGCUUGCAAGAGUGCGCCCUCUACUGGAGGAGUGAAGAAACCUCAUAAUUCCAGGCCUGGUACUGUAGCGCCCCACGAAAUCAGAAGCUACCAGAAGUUCACAGAACUUCUGCUUUGCAGGUUCCCCUUUCAGCAUCUGGUGCAAGAAAUUGCUCAGGACUUCAAAACAAAUCUGUGCUUCCACAGUGCUGUUAUUAGUCCUUUGAAGGAGGCAAGUGAGGCCUAUCUUGGUGAUCUUUUUGAAGAUACUACGCUAUCCCAUGCCAAACGUGUAACAAUUAUGCCAAAAGAAUCCACAUAG